AGCUGGAGAAACUCAGCAGGAAGGCCUUUGCUGGAGGUGUUCAAGGAGUUAACGCAGUUUCCUCAGUGAAGAACAAACGCGAAGUAGAGACAGAUAAUCCAGAUGAUGCAUUCUUUGGAAAAAAGCCAAAACUUGAAGCUGUGUCCACCGAGGAAAUCAAUCUUGCAGACUUGAUGCCUAAGGUCAAGGUGGAACAAGUCGAUACAGUAGAAGGCUGUAACCACGAAGUGGCCAUUCCAUUGUCAGAUGAAUAUCAGCAACUAAAACCCCGUGUUGGAAAAGCAGCCAAGGAAUACCCUUUUAUUCUCGAUGCUUUUCAAAGAGAGGCCAUUGCUUGCAUUGAUAACAAUCAGUCUGUACUGGUAUCUGCGCAUACAUCAGCUGGCAAAACCGUGUGUGCUGAAUAUGCAAUAGCACUUGCUUUACGUGAUAAGCAAAGAGUUAUCUUCACCAGUCCUAUCAAAGCGUUGAGCAACCAGAAGUAUCGUGAGAUGUAUGAAGAAUUCCAGGAUGUUGGCCUAAUGACUGGCGAUGUCACAAUCAAUCCAACAGCCUCCUGUCUGGUCAUGACAACUGAGAUUUUGAGGAGCAUGUUGUACAGAGGAUCUGAGGUAAUGAGAGAAGUUGCCUGGGUCAUCUUUGAUGAAAUUCAUUACAUGAGAGAUGCAGAGCGUGGUGUUGUUUGGGAGGAAACAAUUAUUCUUCUCCCAGACAAUGUACACUAUGUGUUCCUUUCUGCAACUAUUCCCAAUGCACGCCAAUUUGCUGAAUGGAUCUGCCACCUUCACAAGCAGAAGCAGUGCUGGGAAGGUCCAAAGACAUAUAGUUUUGGCACAACCACCUCUAACGAAUUGAAUACUGCUGGAAAUUUGGAUAGAUCCAUUCCUAAGGUCGUGAUUAAACCAGACCUGGAACAAAGGAUUAUAAGACUGAUUAACCAAUUCAAAACCCAACAAGGCAAAUCGGGAACCAUCUCUGGAAGGCUCACAGCUAAAAAACUGCAGGACCUAUAUGUAGCUUUGCAAGGAUUUUCAUUUCGUGCGGAGGACAUUGAAGAAGCCAUGAAAAAUACUGUCAUUUACGGCGGAGAUCUUCAUUCUGCUUUAGACUGGUUGUGUUUAAAUCUUCCUGAUGAUUCAUUACCUGAUGGAUUCAAGCAGAAACUGCAGGAGGAAGAGACCAAGACCAAACCCAAAUUCCAGAUGCCUGUGAAAGCUGAAAUAAAUUAUGAAAAAUCUGAGGGUCGAAAGGGUGAUGAUAAACUUCAAACCAAGGCUGCUGAAAGUGGAAACACACAAGUUAGCAUGAAGGAAUGGAUUUUACAAUAUGCUGAAAAUGCAAGUAGUAGCGGAGAUGAUGACAGUGAUGAUCAGGAUAAUGAAUUACCUGAGAAGACUUGUGAAAAGGAAGAACGCUUUGAUCCGAAUGAGCUUUACUUGGAGCUGACAGCAAAGCUAGUUGAUGUCAAAGAACGGGCUCUAUCCUUUAAACAGAAUAAUAACAAACAAGCUCACAGAGAAGCAGGUGAAAGAAUAAAGAUACUACAACAGGAGAUUAAACAGUUGGAGAAGCAUCCUGCUUUUGAUCCUUCAGUCAAGAUGGUAGACUUGAAGAAGAAUGACAAAAGCUCACCUGAACAUCCUGAUGAUAAGCACGAAGAUGCCCUGAACCUAACCUUGCUGGAAGAAUCAACACCAAAAUUAAAAGAGAAAUCAAGAAAUGAACCAAAGGAUGUACGGAACUUUGACUACACUUCACGAAGUUGGACAGGGAAGUCUCCCAAGCAAUUUCUGAUUGAUUGGUGCCGCAAAAACCUCCCUACUAGUCCAGCUCCUAACUAUCGCAAAAUCCCUGUGGGUAGAUUCUGGAAGUGUAGUGUAAGAGUAAACAGGCAGAAAGAUGGAAUACUGGAAGUAUGUCCCACAAUUCUCACAGAGGAUGCCAUGCAAGCCCAACAUCUGGCAUCUACAUUGGCCCUGUGGCAUUUAGUAAGAGGACAGGCCGUACAUCAGUUGCUCCCACCUACAUAUCGAGAUGUGUGGAUUGAAUGGAGUGAAGCUGAGAAGAAGAAAACUGAAACAAGGCAGAUAGAAAAGAAUAAACCACGAGACCAAUUUAUUACCAAAUUGUUACACACACUAAAACAGAAACCAUCCACUUGUAUUUCAUCAACAGCAGAAGAUCCAGAAGAUUCCUGGGAGAAUUUGAUAACUGAGGACGACUUCAGAAGCUUAUCUAUUGCUAAGGAGAGGGAAGAUAAUUUGAACACUGCAAAGAUUAUUUUAAAAAACUUGCAAUGUUCUGUCAAGUUUCAGAAACUUCUAAAGGAGAGGCAACUAUUACCUGUCUUUCAACACAGAACACAAAUUCUUGAAACUCUGAGAAGGCAUCGAGUGGUGGUUGUUGCAGGUGAAACAGGCAGUGGGAAGAGCACACAAAUACCUCAGUUCAUUUUGGAUGAUUUACUAUCAAGUGACACUACACAAUGCAAUAUUAUUUGUACCCAACCGCGAAGGAUUUCAGCAGUGAGUCUGGCAACACGGGUUUGUGAAGAACUGGGUUGUGAAGAAGGUCCUGGGGGAAAGAACUCUCUUUGUGGUUAUCAAAUCAGACUGGAAUCAAAAAUUGGAGAAUUGUGUAAGCUUUUGUACUGCACUACUGGUGUUCUUCUGCGGAAACUGCAGCACGAUGCAUUUCUCACAACUGUGUCUCAUGUCAUUGUUGAUGAGGUUCAUGAGAGAAGUGUACAAUCAGAUUUUCUGUUAAUCAUAUUGAAGGAGCUAAUGCAAAAACGUUCAAAUCUGAACCUAAUUUUGAUGAGUGCAACUGUGGACAGUGAUAAAUUUGCUCGGUACUUUGGACAUUGUCCUGUUAUCAAUAUCCCUGGGAGAAUUUAUCCAGUUCAGGUUUAUCAUUUGGAAGAGGUGGUGGAAGAAACUGGCUACGUUUUGGAAAAGGACUCUGAAUACUGCCAACGACUUUUGGAGGAGGAAGAAGAAAUUAAUGUGACAGUCACUGGCAAAGGAGGAAAAACCUUCCAGCAUCAGGAAUAUCUUGUUAAAGGGGCAAGGCCUGAGAAUAAUUUGGUACUUGACCUUGACAAAUACAGUAGUCGUACUUGUCAUGCUAUUCAGUACAUGCAUCCAACUAAAAUAAACAUGGAUCUCAUCUUAGAUCUCAUUAACUUCUUGGAUAAAAGUGCACCGUUCAGAGCAGUUGAUGGUGCAGUGUUAGUUUUCUUACCGGGUCUGGCUCAUAUUCAACAACUGUAUGAUCUUCUAACUACAGACAAAAGGUUCCAGGACAGAAAAAGGUACAAAGUAAUUGCUUUGCACUCCAUUCUUUCAUCUCAAGAUCAAGCUGCAGCUUUCACAGUCCCACCACAAGGGGUCAGAAAGAUUGUUCUGGCGACAAACAUUGCAGAAACGGGCAUCACAAUACCUGAUGUCGUUUUUGUCAUUGAUUCUGGAAAGACUAAGGAGAACAGGUAUCAUGAAAGUAGCCAAAUGAGCUCACUUGUGGAGACCUUCAUCAGCAAAGCCAAUGCUCUUCAGAGGCAGGGUCGAGCUGGCCGUAUCAGAGAGGGGUUCUGUUUUCGUUUAUAUACCCAAGAAAGUUGCAUCUUAAGAUGGAAGAAUGUACGAUCAGAUGGCUAUCGUGCCGAAAUGACUUACUGUAAGAAACACUUCCUGAGUCGGACUACACUUCUAACAAUGGAGGAAAUUAAACAAGAGCUCAUCAAGCUGAUGGAGGCAGCAGGUUUUGUGCCAUCAAGAACCAGAGGAAUGACACAUCAAAGUUGCAGCAAAGGACCUUUGGUAGAGCACCCAAAAAAGAGCUUAUCAGAUAAGGAGGUCCCUCUUCUAAAAGCUGUAUUAACAGCAGGACUGUAUGAUAAUAUUGGAAAGAUUAUUUACACACCAUCAGUGGAUAUUACUGACAAGGUGAUCUGUUGUGUAGAAACUGCUCAAGGUAAAGCACAACUACACCCUUCAUCUGUCAACAGAGAUCUGCAGACAAAUGGUUUGCUUCUGUAUAAGGAGAAGGUGAAAUAUGGCAGGAUAUAUGUGCAAGAGACAACACUGACGUCACCUUUCCCAGUGUUGCUGUUUGGUGGUGCUAUAGAAGUGAUGCACCGUGAAAGAUUACUUUCAGUUGAUGGCUGGAUACAUUUCCAGGCUCCUGUCAGGACAGGAAUCAUUUUUAAGGAGCUGAGAUCCUUGAUUGAAUCUGUUCUACUGAAGAAACUUGAAGAUCCAAAAAUAACAAUUGAAGAUGACGAGAUAAUACGGAUAAUUAUGGAACUGAUCAAGACUGAGCACUGCUGAGUGAAAUUAAGAUUCUGGAAGGAAAAUAGAUGAAGACUUCUAUAGGAUGGUAUGAUAAAUAUCAAAGGAUUUGAAAAAGUUGAUGAGGUUCUACAGGACUGGAAGGAACUGAAAAUAAAUGUACUUAAAAAUGACAAGAAAACUGACUGUGGCCUCUUAGCCCAUCAACGAUGGCUAAAAUAAUGAAGUAUAAUGUGGAGAAAUACUGUAGAAGAACUAAAACCAGCCAGAUUGCUUUUGGAAGGGAAUAUGCUAUUCUGCAUUUGUUUUGAAAAAGUUCCAGAUUGCAUAAAUAGAUGAUCACCUCUGACAGUACAAUUAAACUCAAAUUCUCAAUAAAGAUUUGCAUAACAAACUUUUGGGUAAAAACUAGAUGAAUCCAGAAUUAAGCAUAGGACUACAUGUGGAACUGAUUUAGAAAACAAUGGAGAAAUAAAUGCAUGAUGUGUCAGGUCUCACUGUAGAUUAGCACAUGAACAUUUAACAGUUGUACAUAAGAUCUGUUUUAGAAAUUACUCGUAAGAAACAAAUGCUGUGUGAUCACUGUGCACUGCCAUUAUCGUUCAUAUCUUUGGAAAAUGUUUUUGUCUUGUAUGACUUUUUAAUAAUUGAAAUUAUGUCAAGGUUAUUGGGGAAAAGCUAGCACUUUCCCAAUGAUGCAGAAUUGUGCAAAAAAAACUUAGCAAUUAUAAUUAAAACAAUAUAAAACAAAAAACUGCGGAUGCUGGAGAUCUGAAACACAAACUGAUAUUGCUGGCAAAACUCAGCAGGUCUGGAAGCAUUUGUGGGGACAAAACAGAGUUAACAUUUCGAAUCCAGUGAUCCUUCAUCAGAAUUCAAUGAUGAGUCUGAUAGAGAGUCACCAGAAACAUUAACUCUGCUUUCUCCCAACAGCUGCUGCCAAUUCAAUUGUUAGGAUAUUUUGUAUAAGUUUUAAAAACGUUGUAGAGUUUAUUCAGUUAUGCCAUCUUUUUAUUUGAUUUGAUUUAUUUAGUUAUUUAUUCCCGUCAUAGUUACUUAUUCCCCUGUUAUUUCACCAUUGAGUAUUAAAUACAACAACUGGCUAAGUUUCA